UUUAUCCCUAUCGAGCUAGGGUUUUUCUUCUCUCCUACCAAGAGAGGUCUCAGCUACGCUGCUUGCUGCACUCUGUCUCUCUCUCUCUCCCUCUCUCUUGGAAAAUUUGCAACAAAGAAAAAUGACGACGGUGGUCCCUACUUCAGAGGAAGAUCCCGUGCUCUCCGUCGUCCGGUUUACGGCGGAGAUGUCAUGGUCUGACGCCGGCGCCGAUAUUGCAGAGCCUCAAGUUAAUAGAUUGUGUGUCGAGGCCCAGGAAUGCAUGAUUGAAGGAAGGUGGUUGGAUUUGGCUUCGCUGAUGCUCACUUCCGCAGAUUUAAUAUUUUCUAAAGCUUCUGAAAAAGAUCUUGAGUGCAUUUUCACUAUCAUUUGCAACCUUGUCAAGAAGCCUGAGAGCUUGGACCAAGUACAUGAGAUGGCAGAGCUCAUAUCUACUAAAAUCAUUCAACAACCUAAUGAUAAACCCGCUUUGCGCUUGAAAAUCUUGUUCAAUCUCUAUAACCUGUUGGAGAAUUCAUACAGCCGUUUCUUUGUUUACAUGAAAUCCCUCAAUUUGGCCAUUCAUGGAAAGGUCACUGAACAUAUUUUGCCAUCGGUCAAAAAGAUGGAUAACUUCUUGAAGGAAUGGAAUCUUGGAGUCAAAGAUCAGAGAGAGCUCUUCCUCGCAAUCUCCAACGUUUUGAAGGAAAACAAGGGCUCUACAAAAGACUCUUUCAUGUUUCUAACAAAGUAUCUAGAAACCUUUUUGGCUGAAGAUGCUUAUACGAUGAAUGAGGCUAAGGAAGAAGCUGCCCGCGCAAUUAUCGAUUUUGUCAGGUCACCUGAUAUGUUUAAGUGUGACUUGCCAGAUAUGCCUGCUAUAUCCCAGUUGGAGAAAGAUGAUACAUAUGCUCCAGUAUAUGAACUUCUGAAGAUCUUUCUCACUCAGAGGCUGGACGCUUACUUGGAUUUCGAAGCUGCAAAUUCAGCAUUAUUAAAAAGCUAUGGACUUGUCCAUGAAGAUUGUAUAUCAAAAAUGAGGUUAAUGUCGUUGGUAGAUCUUAGUUUGAAUGGAUCUAGUCAAAUUCCUUAUUCUAUCAUCAAGGAUGCAUUGCGGAUUGAUGACACUGAGGUAGAAUCUUGGGUUGUUAAGGCAAUUACAGCUAAGUUACUUGACUGCAAGAUUGACCAAAUGAAUCAAGUAGUAAUAGUGAGCCGAUGUACGGAGCGUGUGUUUGGGUUGUAUCAGUGGCAAGAGCUCCGCUCAAAGCUUACUACUUGGAGGGGUAACAUUGCGGGUGUUAUCAGCACGAUUCAAACCAACAAGAUAACAGAAGAUAGCGCACAACAAAUGCAAGGAUUAGCGAUCCACUGAAUUUAGCUAUUAUUUUUUGUCAUCUUUUUUGCUCGGGGCAAAGAUAUGCUUAGAAGAAGCACUUUUGUGUUGUCUGUCAAGUUUUCAGCGCUGUAGUUCUAUGUGAUAAUGGUUUUCACUUUGUACUAUUAAGUUGAUUCCAGUAUUUGGAACUAGUUAACUUUUUAUCCUACAGUUUCCCUUGUUAGGAUAUACUCAUAAGCAGAAGGAACUUCUUCUAGGGUCUAUGUUGCCAUUCCCUGGCUGCAAAACUGUUUAUCAAAGGUUCGCUAUGGCAUGUUUGCAAAGCUGUUAUUCUAUC